GGCAAAAAACGUAGACGGCUGUAGCGGCCGGUGCCGUAAAGCGAGGCGCAGGCGGCGCGACAGGCCGGCGGCGCGAAGGACCCCUCUCGGUGCGGCUGGUGCGAGCGAAGAUGGCGGCGGGGGAGGUGAAGUCGGUGCUGUUCGUGUGCCUGGGAAACAUUUGUCGCUCUCCAAUAGCUGAAGCAGUUUUUAGGAAACUUGUAACUGAUGAAAAAGUUGAAAAUAAGUGGAUGACAGACAGUGCUGCUGUUUCAGACUGGAACGUGGGGCGCUGUCCAGAUGCAAGGGCUUUAAGCUGUCUAAGAAAUCAUGGCAUUGAGACAGCCCAUAAAGCACGGCAGAUUACUAAAGAAGAUUUCCAGACCUUUGAUUAUAUACUUUGUAUGGAUGAAAGCAAUCUAAGAGAUCUGAAAAGGAAAAGCAACCAAGUUAAAGACUGCAAGGCUACAAUUGAACUGCUUGGGACUUAUGAUCCACAGAAACAACUUAUUAUUGAGGAUCCUUACUAUGGGAAUGAAAAGGACUUUGAAACUGUUUACGAGCAGUGUGUUAGAUGCUGUAAAGCAUUUUUGGAGAAACCUCAUUAAUGCAUCAUUUUAUUUCUAAAAGAAAAUAAUUAGCUCAUCCUGAAAUAUGUAAGCUUUAAUUGAUGUAUUUGAAGUGUAAUAUUAUGCCUCCUCAGUAGGGCCAAAUUGGCACUUUUCAGUUUAAUUUUGUAUUGUAGCUCUUCUGUCAUCUAAUUAGAAAAGCAUAGAAAAGUUUUAAACUUGAAUUAGAUGAUCAACCAUUUUCUUACACAUCUACCUAAUAAGAAUAAAGUAUUUCAUUCAGAAUAAA